CUCCCCCACGCCAUGGCGGCUCAGCGCCGCUCCUGGUUCUUGUUCGGCCUCAGCGCCGAGGAGGCGGCGGGGGAUGCGGGGCCGGGGCGGCACCGCGUGGAGCCGAGCGGCGACGGCAUCCGCCGCGUGUGGCCCGCGUGGAGCUACGCGGUGCUGGAGACGGGCUCCGGGCUGGAGGUGCUCAGCGCGGGGCGGCGGUGGCGGCUGCCCGAGGACUGCGAGGCGGCACUGCCGUCGGAGACGCAUGUGGUGCUGCUGAGGGGAGCGGCGGUCGAGGCGUGGCCCCGCGCCGCGGUGCUGCGGGGAGAGCUGCGGGGAGAGCCCGCGUGGAGCCGAGCGCUGCCGCCGGAAUCGCGCCCCGCGCUGCCGCUGCUGCCGGACGGCUUCGUGGCCCCGCGGCCGCCCUUCUACACGGCGCUGCCCGGAGCGCUGCCGCUCCGCGCGUUGGCGCUGGGACACGAACACGUCGUGGGGCUGGGAGCGGCCGGGGAGGUGUACGGCUGGGGAGGCGGCAGGCACGGGCAGCUCGGCCACGGCAGCCUGGAAUCCGAGCAGCAGCCGCGGCUGGUGGAGGCUCUGGGCGGUCUGCCCGUGAGGGCAGUGGCAGCUGGCGGGUGGCACUCGGCCUGUAUCAGCGAUGGCGGAGACCUCUACGUGUGGGGCUGGAACGAGUCGGGCCAACUGGGGCUGCCCUCCCGGGCGGUGGCGGAAGAGCAGCCAGAGGAUGAGGACGUGGGUGCAGUGCUGUGCGCAGGGCCCGAAGAGCCGCCGCUGCCUGAGGAGCCACCAGGCCCUGCCUUCAUCUCCAUCCAGGCCUUCCCGGCCCUGCUGGACCUCCCGCUGGAACCGGCGGUGGCUGCAGUGAGCUGCGGCUCACGGCACACGGCUGCGGUCACACGUGAGUACCGGGGGUGGGGGGUCCUGCCGCCCCGGCUGGGGGCUGAUGGCACCGUCCUGAUUGCAGGAGGCGGAGAGCUGUACACCUGGGGCUGGGGUAAAUACGGGCAGCUCGGGCACGGGGCCCGUGCCAGCUGUGACCAGCCACGGCGUGUGGAGCAGCUCUGGGCUGAGGGGCUGCGGGCGCAGGAGGUGGUGUGCGGGCCCUGGAGCACGUAUGUCUGCGUCCUGCAGCAGGGAGGGACGCGGGGCUCCCCCCUGCCCUGCACGGCCCCAGCCCUGCAAGCUGGAACUGAGCCUGGGAGGUGCCAGGAGGAGCUCAGCCCCCGUCCUUGAGCUCAGUGCUGGAGCGGUGCUGCUGCCCAUUGUGGCCCAGCGAGGGGCUGCUGCUGAAGAUGAGGCAGAAUGAAUGUAUUUAUUAAAUGUAAUUUUUUUGUAACAGC